AUGCUUGUCUCUGUGUCCUCCCUCUCCUCUUCCCCUUCCACUCUCCAGCACGACACAUCCCUCGGGCCAAGUCCACCAUCCACCCACCUCUCCCUUACCGUGACCGCCAUGGAUUACGACGCGUAUGACGCUCUUCUCCACCACAUCUUCCGACAGACCCAGGAAGGCGCUUGGUUCAAACCCUCGCUGGAGAAUGUGCAUGCAGGUGUUUGUCUCCGGGUCGACAGCACCCACUUCCGCGUCUUUCCAUACGACAAUCACUACCUCGCGCCGUUCGAGGAGGCCGUGAAGAUCAUCAAUCCCGUCGUCGCUGUCAAGGUGCGCAAUGCUGCUAUUCAUGCUGCUCUCGGUACAGUGAAGGAGGAUGAGGACUCCAUCUUCAUCAACGAGGACACGCGUAUUCAGAUCUUGAAUACCAUGCUGGAUCUCCCUCGUGCAGACAGGGAACAGUGCGCUGCCUUCAUUCGCGAUGAACGCGUCCUCGUCGUGUGGUCAUACAAUUUGGAGAACAUUGUCCCUACAUGUGCCGACUUCGAAGAGAAGCUCAUCGCGCUGGUGUGGAAGAGGCGGACAGCGUUCUCCUCCAUCGCCGGCUCUACCUCGCCCUCCAACGAGGCUUCCGACGCCAGCUUGACUGAGAAAGUCGAGGCGGUCGUCUCUGAGCAGGAGAUGAAGGAGAAGGUUGAGCAGAAGGAGAACGCGAAGAAAUCUGCUCCCGGUCUAAAGCUCGGAUUCUUGACGAACUACUUCGUAACGGAAAAACACGACGUCGAGAAGACUGCCGAAGGCCCUUCGCCACGUCCUAUCCGCCUCUUUGCUCCUGUAUAUGGCGGUUUGGCUUCAGCUCUCUCCAUCUUUUUCAUUGCCAGCGGUAUCUCUAUCCUUCUACAAGAAUCCGUCCUCGAUGGUUCAUACACUCGUUUCGCGCUUAUUGUUACGGUACCUUUUCUCUUCUGCGUGUCGAUCUUCUUCUCGUCGCAGAUCAUCACAAACAUCUCCUACCUCAUUGGCCCCGUCGCGCAAUACCACGAGAACUCGAAGUACUACUCCGCAGUCCGACCUGCCCCGAAUAAGUUCGUCGACAGCAACCUCCCGCAUAUAACCGUCGAAAUGCCCGUCUACAAGGAGAGUUUAAAAGAUACUAUCUCGCCCUCGGUAUACUCGCUAAAGAAGGCCAUGCAGACCUACGCGCGCCAGGGCGGCACGUCGUCUAUCUUCGUGCACGACGACGGGCUCCAGCUCAUCUCGGAGGCGGACCGUGCGGAGCGCGUCGCGUUCUAUGCCGACCACAACAUUGGCUGGGUCGCGCGCCCGCCGCACAGCAGCGAGCCGGACGGGUUCAAGCGCGCAGGGCGCUUCAAGAAGGCGUCGAAUAUGAACUAUGGCCUCGCGCUCUCACUCAAGCUCGAGAAGCACCUGCUCGCACUCGAGGCGGACGCCGCUGCGCGCGGCGAGACCCCGGACCCGCGCGCGGGCGGAGAGUCGCUCGAGGACCGCGCGAUGAACAUGGCAGUCGAGGAGAUCUUUGAGGAAAGCGGGCGCCGCUGGAAGCCUUGGGCGAGCAACGGCAAGUCGAUCCGCGUAGGCGAGAUCAUCCUCAUGGUGGACUCGGACACGAUCGUGCCGGAGGACUGCCUCCGGGACGCGGCGCGCGAGCUGGCGGAGUCCCCGGAGGUCGCGAUCCUCCAGCACGAGUCGGACGUGAUGCAGGUCGCGUACCACUACUUCGAAAACGGGAUCGCCCACUUCACGCGCCGCAUCAAUAAGUGUAUUUCCAUGUCGUGCGCGAAUGGUGAGGUCGCGCCGUUCGUCGGGCAUAAUGCGUUCCUUCGCUGGUCUGCGGUCCAGGAUGCGUCGUUUGUCGACCCGGAUGACGGUGUAAAGAAGAUCUGGUCAGAGUCGAACGUGUCUGAGGAUUUUGAUAUGGCCUUGCGGUUGCAGCUCAAGGGGUACAUCAUCCGUUGGUCGACGUACUCUCUAGGAGGGUUCAAAGAGGGUGUUUCGCUCACGUGCGACGACGAGCUCAACCGGUGGCAAAAGUAUUCAUACGGUUGCAAUGAGCUCAUCUUCAAUCCUUUCAUCCAUUGGUGGCACCUGGGCCCUAUCAACAAGCAGUUGCGCACUUUCAUAUGGUCUGCUGCCCCGGUGCACUACAAGAUUAGUAUGCUCGCCUACAUGUUUUCAUAUUAUGGUAUUGCCGCUGCCGCUGCUCUCUCCGUCAUGAACUACCUCUUGCUUGGUUGGAACAUCACUACCGACGGCUUCUAUGAGCACAGUUUCGAAAUCUGGCUUGCCUGCAUGGUUGUCUUCCCCUGCGCUGGUAACGUUGGAUUUACCUUGCUCGAGUACCGCCUUGGUCUGCGCAGCAUCUUCUCCUCCGCCAUCGAGAACUUCACCUGGGUACCAUUCUUCUUCUUCUUCUUCGGCGGUCUCAGCAUCCACCUCUCGCAAGCCCUGCUCGCGCAUCUGUUCUCGUACAACAUCCAGUGGGGUGCGACGAAGAAGGAAGUGGAGCGCUCCAACUUCUGGAAGGAGGUCCCGAAGAUCCUCAAGCGUUUCUGGCUUGCAUUCGUCCUGUCGAUUGUGAUGUGCGUAGGCAUGAUCAUCCUCACCACGCCAGUCAUCCCAGUGGGAUGGCAAGUGUCCAGCAUCGAUUGGGCUGUGAUCCUCCCCAUGGCCAUCAACGCCGGCUGUCACAUUCUCUUCCCAAUCGUGCUGAACCCGUGGCUGAUGAUUUUCUCGUACUAA